AUGUUCGAGGACUCGUGGGCGAUCGAGGCAGAUAUUCAGGAGGCGUAUUCCCGGCGCGUGCAGUUUGAACCCACAACGAAGAUGGGCCAAGCUAUUGCCAGAGAUGUAAACGGAAACCUCCAGACGGACAUGAGUAAAAAAUGUGAAGAUGAUAAAGUGGAUCGAGCUGAUGUGUCCCUGCUCAACAAAAUUAUCCGCCGAACUCUAGUUCGGAGCAGACACGAGGUGGAGGUCCUGCAGCGGGACCCCACUUCCCCGCUUUUCUCCGUGAAGACCUUCGAGGAGCUGCGCCUGAAACCUGAGCUGUUGAAGGGGGUCUACAGCAUGGGCUUCAACAGGCCUUCCGUGAUCCAGGAGAAGGCUCUACCUAUGAUGCUGGCACAGCCACCUCAGAAUCUGAUUGCCCAGUCACAGUCAGGCACAGGCAAAACUGCAGCCUUUUCCCUGGCCAUGCUUAGCCAUGUGAAGGUUGACCAAAAGUGGACUCAGGUUCUUUGUAUCGCACCCACAUAUGAGCUUGCCCUGCAGAUCGGUCAGGUGAUUGAGCAGAUGGGCAAAUUCUGCCCUGACAUCAAACUGGCUUACGCCAUUAGAGGCUGCAAAGCGGAGCGAGCCAGCCAGUUGCAGGAGCAGAUUGUCGUGGGAACGCCGGGCACCAUCCUGGAUUGGUGCAACAAGUAUAAAGUCAUUGAACCCAAAAAAAUAACCAUGUUUGUGCUGGAUGAGGCAGACGUCAUGAUCGCCACUCAAGGUCAUCGUGACCAGAGCAUCCGUGUCCACAGGCAGCUACCAAAAGACUGCCAGAUGCUCUUCCUCUCUGCGACUUUUGAGGAGGAGGUGUGGAGGUUUGCCGAAUUGAUCGUUCCCGAGCCCAAUAUCAUUCGACUGCGACGUAAGGAGGAGACUCUGGACACCAUCAAGCAGUUUUAUGUCCUCUGCGGGAACAAGGAGGACAAAUUCACUAUUCUGUGUGACCUCUAUGCGACUAUGACAGUAGCGCAGGCCAUGAUCUUCUGCCACACUCGUAAAAUGGCGUCUUGGCUGUCUGCAAAACUGACCAAUGAAGGCCACAGCGUGGCGCUGCUGAGUGGGGAAUUAACCGUGAUGCAGAGAGCGAGCAUCAUUAAACGCUUUCGAGAUGGCCAAGAGAAGGUUCUUGUCACCACAAACGUUUGUUCUAGGGGCAUUGAUGUGGAACAGGUCUCAUUGGUGGUCAACUUUGACCUCCCCGUGGACAUGGCCGGAAACGCAGAUAACGAGACGUACCUUCACCGGAUUGGCCGCACGGGGCGUUUUGGAAGGCGCGGCUUUGCCAUCAACAUGGUGGACAGUGAAUCCGGCAUGGAUGUCAUCAGACAAAUUGAGAUGCAUUUUGACAGAAAAAUCCUCAAACUUGACACACGGAAUGUUGAGGAAAUAGAAAGGCAGUUGAACUGAAUGAACACUCAACUGCUGUUGUUACGUCCCAGUGAUUGAUCUGCCUAGUGCAGCUUUAUUGUUUCCAAGGUGUUGACUAUGCAGAAAGUUUUGUUUGAGCUGCACUUUUGAUUCAUUCAGAGUAGCAAACCGCUACGCUGGGCUUUUCAAGCAGAGUGUGCUUUAUUUUGUUCUUCUUCGUUUGCUGUGUUUUAUUUAAUUUGUUUGAACGUUUG